UCCAGGCAGCCUGGCAACCGGCAUGGUUGUUAUUUUCACAUUGAUAGCAAUAAAACGAAAGCAGCUGCUUGAUAUCGUUUGAUUUUCACGGAAAAGCCUCGAAAAAUGGUACGCGAAUGUGUGGAAGAGUCCUUUGGGCCGAAAAAGAUGACCAAAAAGUCUAUUGUAGAUUCUUGUAAAAAGAACAAGCUGUACAUUACCCCUCACCUCAAUGACAUCCUAUACCUGAACUACUCGGGAUACAACGCCAUUGAAUCACUGGAGGAGUAUGUGGGAUUGAAGUGCUUAUGGCUAGAGUGCAAUGCUAUAUCGGAGAUCAAAGGAUUGGAAUACCAAACGGAAUUGAAAUGUCUUUAUUUGCAAAAUAAUCUUAUCACGAAAAUUGAAAAUCUUGACAGUUGCAAACAGUUAGACACCCUGAACCUGUCCCAUAAUCAUAUCACCAGGAUCGAGAAUUGUGGGCAUGACAUUCUCCCGGUGCUGAAUACUCUCAACUUGUCGCAUAACUAUUUGAAGACCGCAGACAACCUGGAUCAUCUACGUCAUUGCAACUUUGUAUCAGUUUUGGAUCUGUCGCAUAAUCGUAUCGAAGACAUCGCAAUCGUUAAGAUCUUGGGCGGUAUGAAGGAGCUCCGUGUCCUUACCAUGACCGGUAAUCCGGUGGUCAACGAGAUUCCAUCCUAUAGAAAAACACUGAUCCUGGAAUGCAAAAAUCUCACUUAUUUGGAUACUCGUCCGGUGUUCGAUCGCGAUCGAGCUUGUGCUGAAGCAUGGAAACGAGGCGGUUACGAGGAGGAACGCAAAGAGUUACUUCGCUGGAAGAAGGAGGAACAGAGGAAGAUUCGUCGUAGUAUCAACGCCACCUUGAGGAUGCGUCAUCGUGGUGAUGGAGAGCCUGAGUUGUUGAAGACCAGCAGCGAUGAGGAAGAUGAAGACAAGGCUUCCAAAUGUGGCAAGGAUAUGAGCUCCAUGUUGGAAAUCAAUCAAAAAACUAAUGAACAGGCUUGGGCUGAAGUCGAAAAAAUGUUCUGCACUACUCCUAGUGCCACAGGGUCUUCGGGUAUUUUCCAGAGAUUUGCUACAAACAGGGGUGGUGGAGCUGAUGGCGAUGGAGAAGUAAUUGAGACCAGCGAAGAAGACAUUGAAGCUACUAUUGAAGAUAUCAAAGCUGUGUCACCUAAGAAAUUAAUUGAAGAAAUAUCUUCAGAUAGCGAUGGAGCGAAGGAAAACUACGAUUGCAAACCGGAUGAGGUCAUCGCGAAGCCGUGUUCUGAAAAGCUGAUAGAAGAGAUAGUAAUCGAAACAGCUGAAUGUGACUCAGGACCUUCGUCGCCUGAGUAUCAUGAGGCAUUGGAUAAGCCAAUUGAAAACAUUGUGAAUCUAACCAACGAAUCACCCUUAACUUCCCCAAGCUUUGACACUGAACCUAGAACGUUGAUUGAAGAAAUUGAACCUACCGAUGUAGAAGAAGAGCAACAAAUAGAAGAACAGCCCGCCCCAAAACCUCUUAGUAAGAAUAUGGAAAAAGUAAUGUCCACUGAAAAGGAAGACGACACCCUGAACGUUUUGAUUGAGAACAACGAAGAAAUAUCGAUUACAAUGGAAUCCAAAGAUGGAGAACUGAUCAGCAAGGUGGAGUCUCGUCCGCCUUCAACCGAGUGCAAGAAAUACAAGAUUGUGUCCACAAAUGAUGUUGACAACUCUGAAUCAGAGCCAACGGACAUAACGAACGAAGAUCAAGAAUACCGGAGCAGUAGCGUUUCAGUUACGUCCAGCACGGAUUCAUCGGACAGUGAAGAUCUUUUUGACAAAAUCGUUCCAAAUAAGCAUCCAAAACUGGCUACGAACUAUCGUCAGGAUUCAACCACCUCUACGGACAGUGAAAACGAAGUAUCGCCUUCGAAGCCUCCAAUUAAAUUAGAGAAAGAGAAGUCUAUCGCGGAAUGUAUCGAUGAAUACAAAAAGUUCUUCAAAGCAGCAAAAAUUUUGGAAAGCGACCCGGAGGACGAAUCGAGCACAAAAAUGGCACGACCUCAUACCGCCAAGGCGAAACGAACAGAGCCGAUUAUCUACGAAGGUGUGUUGCGAAAUAUGGAAAGGAACUCGAACGAGUCGAAAAUCGCGGAAGCUAGAACAGAGGCAAAAGAAUCUAAGGAGAAGGUAAUUGAUCGUCUGAUUGAACAGCAAAACUUGGUUGACAUGAACCUUGAGGAACAGAAUAUUUCAAUUGGUGGACAAGAACAUGACUUCAACGAGUACAGAUUGGAAGCAUUCAGAAAGGAUCAGGAAAAGCUGCAAUGCCUGAUCGAUCGAGUCACUGCUCAGAAGGAUUUGUAUAACGCGCAUAUCGAUCAAAUUCAUAAUCAACUGGCAAACAUUAUGGAAGAUUAUGAUCAAAUCGGGUUGAAGCUUAAGAAGGUUGACGAUUUCCUGGAAAACAUCAAGGAAGAACCAAAGGCUCCAGAAACACCAUCGAUUGAAUCUGAAGAAGAGAUCCCAGAGGAGCUAGAAGUCCAUUCAUCUGAACAUGAACAAGAAAUCGUUGAAAAUGACAACUUAGCACAGCAAAUUAUCGAGAAGAUUAUAUCGCAAUCUGUAAAGACGUCUAGCGAAGAUUUGAAGUCUAACUUUGAUGAUUCUUCUGAAUCUUCGGAUUCCGCUGAGGAAGAUUUCAUGGAUUCAAUACGUCCGGACCAUAACUUGCUUGAAAUUUUAACAUCUCCAAAGCCCAUACCAAUACUAGAUCCAGAGCUGAUACCAAACGUAGAUAACGAAUUUCAGCGGGAUCCUGUUUAUCGGAAGUUCAUUGAAAUUCAGGAGGAAAUCGAUAAACUUACCGAAGAUGAAUUGUACGACAUUGUUACGGAGGCAACCGGAGAGUUUUCUGAAGAAGCGCACGUUGAACACUGUUUGAACACUCAAGUUGAUCAGUAUUGGAAACAAUACGAUGAUAUUGAAGAAUUUCGUAAAAAUAUCAAUCUGGACUCCCAUCCAAUUAUUCAAAAGUUUCGUCAGUUCAUUCGUUGUCACUGUGAGAAUAAAUACCCCGGCGAGGUUGAUUCGACGAUUGAUAAUUUGGAUAAGGCGUGUCGCAAGCUUGAACGACGUCUUUCAAACCAAUUGUUUGACGAGUAUUUGGAACUCAGUCGAAAGAUGAGCGUUGCUACAAUUGGCGGAGAAUCUAGCGCAAAUGAAAUAGAGCUAAUUGAAGUAGACGAAGAGGAGAAUGAUGUUGAAGACGUUGUGAAGAAAAUUACUGCUUGGGUUGAGGAACAAGUGCAGAACGAAAUUGCUGAGCUGAACGAAGAAAGAGCGGCUCAUGCAGGUGAAGUUAUGCAGGACACAGAAGAUGUUGAAUCUAAGCCUGUUGAAAUUGAUGGGACCAAGGAGGAAACUGUAGAUUCUGAAUUAGCGGAUAACUGUGAUUGAAAUAAGGAUUUUCUGUAUUUUUCUUAACACUAAGUAGCGGCUUAAUGUAAUAAAUGCACACGUUUAUUGAUGAUUUA